UCGGGUCAUCACCCAGAGUCUAGUGGCCAGACUGAGAGGAUUAAUCAGGAAUUAGAGACCGGUCUUCGAUGUCUGGCAUCCAGGGACCAGAGCAUGUGGAGCCAGCACAUCAAGUGGGUGGAAUAUGCCCACAAUUCUCUACCCUCCGCCUCAACAGGUAUGGCUCCACUCCAUGUCGUGCAUGGCUACCCUCCGUCCCUGUUUCCUCCACUGGUCACAGACUCCGCGGUCCCGUCAGCCCUGGCCGUGGUGCGACGCUGCAAACGGACCUGGGAAGCAGCUCGGAGGACACUGCUGCGCAUAAGCAGCGCCUACAAUGCUGCAGCGGGCCGCACCAGAGCUCAGAGUGGGACAGCGAGUGUGGCUCUCCACCAAAGAUCUCCCGCUGCGGACGGAAUCCCGCAAACUUGCUCCCAGGUUCGUUGGCCCGUUCCCGAUUUCCAAGACUUCGCCCGAAUCUCACGUCGUCGCUGGCUCCUCCGCUCAAGUCCCCUCCGCCCCCCCGCAUGGUCGACGUUGGGUUGGUGUAUACUGUGCGCCGGUUGCUGUCUUCGCGCCGCAGAGGAAGGGGGGGUCCAGUACCUGGUGGACUGGGAGGGAUAUGGCCCGGAGGAGCACUCCUGGAACCCCUCCCGCUUCGUCGUGGACCGCUCCCUCAUCAGGGACUUUCACGCGGCUCACCCUGAUGCUCCUGGGCCAUCCAGAGCCGGCCGUUAGGGUUAGGGUUCGUCUAGGUCGCGGUCUUUUUAGACCU